AUGGACGGUAGAAACCUCCCACCCGAGUAUUUAAACCGUUAUAGCGGUGCCACCUCGGUAAUCCCAAAAUUGGAGCCAACAGAUGUUCCCAAGAACCCGGUGUCGCCUGCAGUGCCAGUCUCAUCCAAAUCUGACGAGCCCAAACAACCUGUCCUCCCGUGGUAUGAUCCACGAGGAUGGUCAAAGCGUCGAAAAGCCUUAUCAGGGAUUGGUAUUCUGGUGGUCAUCAUCGUGGUUAUUGUUGGUGCUGUUUUUGGCGUUAGGGCAAACCGAUACCCGAAGUAUUUGCCCUUAAACUAUCGACUAGUCGAUAAAUACCAAGGCACCUCGUUCUUCGACCAGUUCCAUUACUUCACAGAUGAUGAUCCCACUGAUGGAUUCGUGGUCUACGUGAGUGAGCGAACAGCCCAAAGCCUCAACCUCACAUACGCUACUGAGACCUCUGCAAUCCUGCGAGUCGACUCAUUCACGCCCAACGCUCUCGCUGGCCGCAACUCCGUCCGCAUAGAAUCCAAAUCAACAUACGACAACGGCCUCUUCAUCUUCGACAUCGUCCACACACCCUACGGCUGCGGAACAUGGCCCGCACUAUGGUUGACAGAUGGUUAUAACUGGCCUAUGAACGGAGAGAUCGACAUUCUAGAAACAACCAACGAAGGCGCCCACGGCAACGAAGUCACUCUUCACUCCACAAAAGGAUGUAAAAUGAACGUCAAACGCAAGCAGACAGGAAACCCCGUCUUCAACAACUGCGAAAACAUCACCAACAGCAACGCAGGCUGCGGCGUUGUCGGCGAGCCGUCUACAUACGGACAGGCAAUGAACGCAGAAGGCGGCGGAGUGUAUGCCCUUGAGCUCCGGGAUGAUGGUGUCCGAGCCUGGUUCUUUCCUCGGAGGCUGAUCCCGGAUGAUAUCACGGACCCUUCUCAGACACCUGAUCCGUCGACUUGGGGCACUGCAAUGGCUGACUUUCCCAGUACGGAGUGUGAUAUUGCAUCGCACUUUAAGAAUCAGAGUAUUAUUGUGAAUAUUGAUCUUUGUGGACAGUUGGCUGCUCAGCCGCAGUUUUACGAGAAGAUGUAUAAAUGUCCGGGGACUUGCCCGGAUUUCGUGGCUAACAACCCGUCUAGCUUUGAGGAAGCUUAUUGGGAGUUUAACAAUUUUGCUGUUUAUCAGGCUUAG